GCGGGUCGGCGCGCGCGGCCCGGUGAGUGCGCAGCCAUGGAGAGCGGCUUCGGCUCGGACUUCGGCGGCGCGGGCGGCGGGAAGCUGGACCCGGGGGCCAUCAUGGAGCAGGUGAAGGUGCAGAUCGCCGUGGCCAACGCGCAGGAGCUACUGCAGAGGAUGACGGACAAGUGCUUCCGGAAGUGCAUCGGGAAGCCCGGGGGCUCCUUGGAUAACUCGGAACAGAAAUGCAUCGCCAUGUGCAUGGACCGCUACAUGGACGCCUGGAACACCGUGUCCAGCGCCUACAACUCUCGGCUGCAGCGGAACGAGCCUAGACACUGUUAA